GAGGGUGGUCCUGGGUGGGGGUCCAGGAACAGGCCCAACAAGCCAAAGCUCAGGAGACCGGGGUCUUGGGCACAGACCCCUGGGCCAUCUCUUGCCAAGGCCCUGGAAAUAGGGAUCCUGGACACAGACCCCCCACAAAACCAAGGACAGGGGUACAGAGAUUCUAGGUACAACUCCUAGAACUAGAUGGGGAUGGAGAUGGGGUUGGGGACACAGCCCCCGUAUCAAACCAAGGCCUCCAGGAGGCUAUUCCAGACACAAUCCCUACCUCUCCCUGCCUAAGGGGGUCUCAGCACAACUCCCUAGGUACGGUCUCGAGGAUGGGGUCACUGGGUACAGCGUUCCCACCACGCCAAGGCCUGGGGGGACUCCAAGCACAGCCUGCCCCCAGGUCUCAGAGGCACCCUGGGCACAGCAUCCCCCCAAUCCUUGGGCGGUGUCCCAGGCACAGCCCCUUCUCAAAACAAGGUCCCUGUGCCUGGGACUCCACCCCACCCCAGCCUGAAUAAAAUAAGGACAAUUUCAGGCAACCCCCAAUCCCUCCACCCCCUGGCUUGGUCAUGGGUCCCAGGGCACAGGAUCCCUAGGCCACCCCCUUUGUCCCCAGGGCUGCCCAGCUGUCCAAGGGUGGCCCCACCCGCAGACAAUGCACCACUUCCCCCUCCCGGACCUGGCCCCCAGGCUCCAGGAUACCGGCUGGGCUGGGGGGCGGCUCCCCAGGGACCGGGUGCAGCCCUGUCUGUCUGCAGCGUCUGCGGUGACGGUGACGGCGGCUUUGUGUGUGGGCGGACCCCGGAGGCCUGAGCGGCACCUGCCCCCAGCCCCCUGUGGGGCCCCGGGGCCCCCAGAAACCUGCAGGACGGAGCCAGACGGGGCGGGCACCAUGAACAAGUUACGGCAGAGCCUGCGGCGGAGGAAGCCAGCCUACGUGCCCGAGGCGUCGCGCCCGCACCAGUGGCAGGCAGACGAGGACGCGGUGCGGAAGGGCACGUGCAGCUUCCCGGUCAGGUACCUGGGCCACGUGGAGGUGGAGGAGUCCCGGGGAAUGCACGUGUGUGAAGAUGCAGUGAAGAAGCUGAAGGCGAUGGGCCGAAAGUCCGUGAAGUCUGUCCUGUGGGUGUCAGCCGAUGGGCUCCGAGUGGUGGAUGACAAAACCAAGGAUCUUCUGGUCGACCAGACCAUCGAAAAGGUCUCCUUUUGUGCUCCUGACCGUAACCUGGACAAGGCUUUCUCCUAUAUCUGCCGUGACGGGACCACCCGCCGCUGGAUCUGCCACUGUUUUCUGGCACUCAAGGACUCCGGCGAGAGGCUGAGCCACGCUGUGGGCUGUGCUUUUGCCGCCUGCUUGGAGCGAAAACAGCGACGAGAGAAGGAAUGUGGGGUCACGGCCGCCUUCGAUGCCAGCCGCACCAGCUUCGCCCGUGAGGGCUCCUUCCGCCUGUCUGGGGGUGGGCGGCCUGCUGAGCGGGAGGCCCCGGACAAGAAGAAAGCAGAGGCAGCAGCUGCCCCCACUGUGGCUCCUGGCCCUGCCCAGCCUGGGCACGUGUCCCCAACACCAGCCACCACAUCCCCUGGUGAGAAGGGUGAGGCAGGCACCCCUGUGGCUGCAGGCACCACUGCGGCCGCCAUCCCCCGGCGCCAUGCACCCCUGGAGCAGCUGGUUCGCCAGGGCUCCUUCCGUGGGUUCCCAGCACUCAGCCAGAAGAACUCACCUUUCAAACGGCAGCUGAGCCUACGGCUGAAUGAGCUGCCAUCCACACUGCAGCGCCGCACUGACUUCCAGGUGAAGGGCACAGUGCCUGAGAUGGAGCCUCCUGGUGCCGGCGACAGUGACAGCAUCAAUGCUCUGUGCACACAGAUCAGUUCAUCUUUUGCCAGUGCUGGAGCGCCAGCACCAGGGCCACCACCUGCCACAACAGGGACUUCUGCCUGGGGUGAGCCCUCCGUGCCCCCUGCAGCUGCCUUCCAGCCUGGGCACAAGCGGACACCUUCAGAGGCUGAGCGAUGGCUGGAAGAGGUGUCGCAGGUGGCCAAGGCCCAGCAGCAGCAGCAACAGCAGCAGCAGCAGCAGCAGCAAGCAGCCUCGGUGGCCCCAGUGCCCACCAUGCCUCCUGCCCUGCAGCCUUUCCCCGCCCCCGUGGGGCCCUUUGACGCGGCACCUGCCCAAGUGGCCGUGUUCCUGCCACCCCCGCACAUGCAGCCCCCUUUUGUGCCCGCCUACCCGGGCUUGGGCUACCCACCGAUGCCCCGGGUGCCCGUGGUGGGCAUCACACCCUCACAGAUGGUGGCCAAUGCCUUCUGCUCAGCCGCCCAGCUCCAGCCUCAGCCUGCCACCCUGCUUGGGAAAGCUGGGGCCUUCCCGCCCCCUGCCAUACCCAGCGCCCCUGGGAGCCAGGCCUGCCCUCGCCCCAAUGGGGCCCCCUGGCCCCCGGAGCCAGCGCCUGCCCCAGCUCCGGAGUUGGACCCCUUUGAGGCCCAGUGGGCGGCAUUAGAAGGCAAACCCACUGUAGAGAAACCCUCCAACCCCUUUUCUGGCGACCUGCAAAAGACAUUCGAGAUUGAACUGUAGCCCGAGCCGCCCCACCCACUCCAUCAUCUCCAGGUGCCCCACGCCUGGGGGUGGAGGCACAACCUCUCCCCUAACCCUGCUCCCUGGGGCUGCGCCCCUCAACACCCUCUCAACACCCCCCUCCCUCAACCACCCCGACAACCACUACAGAACCAACAUUGUGACGCCCAGGUUGCAAAAGGAUGGAAUUCAGGGAUGGACCCAGCCUGGCUAAGGGAACCAUUUCACUGCCGGACUUAGGCUGGCAAUGCCCCCUUCCCCCACUCCAGACACAGGGGUUGGCCACAAUCCCACUGAAUGCCCUUGGUUCACACUCCAUUUCCCAGUUUCUGUUGACCCCCCACCUUCCAGUGUUGGACAGGAUGGAGGGGGGACACUUGCUUAGGGGCUCUCCUGGGCCCCACACCAGUGCCCACCCCAAAUCUGGUCGUCUCCUCCCCCCAUACACAGCACAAGCUAAGGGCUGCCCUCUGCCCACACGCUGCGUUCACUGCCAAUGCUGUACUCACCCCCAUCACCCUCCAACUUUGGGGCCUAUGUCUUCCUUGGGCCAAGGUCUCAUGGGGGCUGGGGCCAACUUGGGGGCCCAGGAGGCGGGGAGGGGGGAGGAGGAGAAGAUGCGCAGUUACCUCAUGUCAGUGCCCGCUGGGGAGGGGUCCAGGAAGAAGGGGAAGGGGUGCCUGGCGGGUACUUUUCUAUCUUUUAUUUCCAGAUUUUUUUUGUAUCUAAACUUGAAGAUUUGUAUUAUACAAGGACAGCCAAUAAAGGAAGAAUAUAAUGGUGCCCCUCGGGAAA